AAAUAGAAGACACUAUCUCGAAUUCAGGAACGUGAUACUGCAGCUAUAACGCUGUAGAGAAAGUUAAAAAGUCUUAAAUGCCAAGAACAAAUAACUGCUUCAUAAACGUUGAUUUAUGUAUUCAUUUUACCUCAUCUUCAAAGUAUAUUUACAGUGUAGCGGAUUAUUUUGUAAUUGACUUAGCUUUCGUGCCAUUGCUUCCAACAUUUUGCCGGGCUGGGUUUCCUGCUAAUGAUAACACAAAGCACUGGAGCUGAGGAGGGGUGCGUCCCCUUUAAGAUGUGCCUUUUUCGUAUGCGGCUGUAAACACAAGCUGAGCCUCCUCCCUGUCUCUGCUCGGAGCAGAAGCCGACAGUGCCGGUUACAGUGUCUACCUGCUGCAGGGAGUUCAUUUUACCGGCAGAGCUUAACAUUUUGAGCUACAUAUCUGAUUUACUGGAAACUCACGGAACCGGCAUUAUUGGACCACUCAUCCUAGACCAUCAGCAAAAAGAAACAGCCUUAUCAACAGCAUCACAUCAAGGGAGCAGAGCAUCCUUGGGGACUUUGGGACAGUUAGGGCAAUCUCUAAAUAACCGUAAUAAUUAAAUAACAAAAAGUAUAUAAACAUUCUGCAACCGGACGCCUGAAUCCAUAAGAUUAGAACGUGGGAUAGUGGGACAGACUUACGAAUCCGAAUCCAGCUGAAGGAUAUUUAUUUGGAAGACCCCCAUGCAUUGGGGGUGGAAGGUGGAGGCUGGAGCACCAGAAGGGGAACUGGGACGACAGCCCCUGAUCUGCCCCUUAGGUCCAGCAAGAGCAUCAAGGACAAGGUCGUGCAGCAGCUAGCCCUAAGAGUGUUGGCAUGGCUGAAAAAGCUCUUGAUGCUGUCUCAGUCUCCAUCGCCAUGGAAGACAAUUGUAACCGCGGUUCACAGGAGACCCCCCUCCUCACCCCACAUCUCAAGAAGGUGGAGAACCACAUCACGGAAGCACAACGUUUCUCCCACCUGCCUAAGAGAUCAGCAGUUGACAUUGAAUUUCAGGAACUGUCUUACUCUGUUAAGGAAGGGUCAUGGUGGAAGAUGAGAGGAUUUAAAACACUCCUGAAAUGUCUAUCAGGGAAGUUUUGUAGCCGAGAGCUGAUUGGAAUAUUGGGUCCAUCCGGUGCUGGAAAAUCAACAUUCAUGAACAUCCUGGCAGGAUACAGGGAGACUGGCAUGAAGGGUCAGAUCUUGGUGAAUGGAAAGCAGCGGGAACUGCGUACCUUCCGAAAGUUGUCAUGCUACAUCAUGCAAGAUGAUAUGCUUCUCCCCUACCUCACUGUGCAGGAAGCCAUGAUGGUUUCUGCCAAUCUAAAGCUUAAUGAAAAGUCAGAGAUAAAAAAGGCAUUGGUUGAGGAGAUUUUAACAGCACUGGGACUUCUAGAAUGUGCUCGCACUCAGACUCUUUCAUUGUCAGGUGGUCAACGCAAGAGGCUGGCCAUUGCAUUGGAGCUGGUCAAUAACCCACCAGUCAUGUUCUUUGAUGAACCAACCAGUGGCUUGGACAGUGCCUCUUGCUUCCAGGUGGUCUCGCUCAUGAAAUCCCUUGCCCAGGGUGGGCGAACAAUCAUCUGCACCAUCCACCAGCCCAGUGCAAAGCUAUUUGAGAUGUUCGAUAAGCUGUACAUUCUGAGCCAGGGGCAAUGUAUUUACAAAGGAACAGUCCCCUACCUCAUCCCGUAUCUGAAGAAGUUGGGCCUGUAUUGCCCCACCUACCACAACCCUGCAGACUACAUUAUUGAAGUAGCAUCUGGGGAGUAUGGAGAUUUGAACCUUGUGCUGUUCAAAGCUGUGCAGGAUGGCCUGUGCACUACAGCUGAGGAGAAAAAGAGCAUUCCGGAACAGAAUGACACAUCACCUUCUCCAGCACCAUGCCUAAUGGAGACCACAGAAAUGGAAAGUCACACAUUUGCAACAAGCACUUUGACGCAGUUCUGCAUUCUCUUCAAGAGAACAUUCCUGUCAAUCAUGAGAGACACGGUUCUAACCCACCUUCGUUUCAUGUCACACAUCUGCAUUGGAGUUCUGAUUGGCAUGCUUUACCUGCACAUUGGCAAUGAUGCAGCCAAGGUAUUCAACAACACAGGAUUCCUCUUCUUCUCCAUGCUGUUCCUCAUGUUCGCAGCACUGAUGCCAACUGUCCUAACAUUCCCCUUGGAGAUGUCGGUUUUUAUAAGAGAGCAUCUGAACUACUGGUACAGUCUCAAAGCGUACUACCUGGCAAAGACCAUGGCAGACGUACCUUUCCAGGUUAUAUGUCCCAUCACCUACUGCAGUAUUGUUUACUGGAUGACUGCACAACCACCAGAGGCAAUGCGCUUCUUGCUGUUCGUUGCACUCGCCACUUGCACUGCACUUGUCGCACAGUCACUGGGGCUUCUGAUUGGUGCUGCCUCUACUUCAUUACAGGUCGCUACAUUUGUGGGUCCUGUCACAGCAAUUCCAGUACUUCUUUUCUCUGGGUUCUUUGUCAGCUUUAACACUAUCCCCACCUAUCUUCAGUGGAGUUCUUACGUGUCUUAUGUCAGGUAUGGCUUUGAGGGGGUUAUUCUUGCCAUCUACGGAAUGGAGCGUGAAGAUCUGGAGUGUAAGGAGGAUUUUUGCCAUUUUCAGAACCCAGAGAAGAUUCUUGAGGAGUUGGAUGUGAGUGAUGCCAAGCUGUACCUGGACUUCAUUGUUCUUGGCAUCUUCUUCUUGAUUCUUCGUCUCUUGGUGUAUUUUGUGCUUCGGUACAAGGUGAAGUCUGAACGAUAAAAAAAGUAGUUCCAAAGACUUAUUUUAAAUGACAUACUGGCUAGAGCUGUGCCCACUGCCACCUAGGUGGACAGUUGUCCAUAGAAACAAAUGUGUUCCAUGUUCUUGGAAAGCAGUUUUAAGUGUUACUGUACAUCAGUGGACUUUGAAAGAGAUGCAGCUGCUGUAUCCUAAGCCUGUAUCCUUUCCAUCAGGUAGAUGUCUGGAAGAGAAUGGAAUUUGUCUCCCAGGACAGCUGCUCUUUUGACUGCAAGCCGUGAUGAUAUUCAGCACUUGCACUGUUAUACCAGUAGGAGAAGGCAUAGCAGUUGUAGUCAAGUACAGAACUAUGUGAAGUCGGUCUGUUUUGUUCUGUCAGCCCACCCACCUUCCACUGAAUGAACACCAUUACUUACUGAAAGAACACCAUUACUUAUGGAUUAUAGAAGACUUCACAAAGGAAAAGCACAGUUGUAUUACUUUAUCUGUGGGCAAGAUCCUGGCACUGCUUUGUACAAGAAAAAAAAAAAACAGUGGCCAUGAUGCUAUUAAAAACUAAGUAACCCUCUGCCACACAAAUGGUUGCUAAUGUGAUAUUUGCAACCUAAAAGCAGUAUACCUGUCUUGAAAAUAUUUAAAAUGUCUGCAUUUCUGGGAGGUAUCGUACCUUGAACUAUAAAGUGUGUAGUUGUCAGAGUAUGACUUGACCUUUUGCAUUGGUAAUGUUACAGUUUUUGAGUUGUUGUUUUUACCUUGCUUGCGUUUAAGCUGCUAGUACACACAUUUUCUUUGUGUAGGUAAGCUGAUCUUUUUCUGCUGCCGUAUGAUAGCUUAGAAUAACUUGAUACAACUUGACUCUGGGACCAAGGAUUUUUUUUUGAAAAUGUGAAAAAAACAACUUCUGACAGCAGGAUUUAUAUUUUAUUAAACUUCUCAGAGACAUGAUUGCAGGGUGGAAUAUGAACCUUUCGAACUUAAGCAUGAGACUGUUGUGUGUGCAAAGAACACUGAUAUCGGAUAACUUUUGGCAUCAUUUCUGCUCAGUAUGGCUCGGUAAAUCAUCUCCAUCACUUCCUCAGUCCUACAUGCUUAUAUGGAGCCAGACUUUCAUGCUAAAGACACCACAUUUGUAAAACUGUAGUAACUAAUACAUAAAAAUCACCAUUCUAAAUCUGGAAAAGUGGCCAAGCUACAGUGAGUAACCCUAAUGUGUUGUAUUUUACCCAGCCACAAUCUACCUGUGUAGUGUGUCAGGCAGUUGUAAUACAGGAGUUGGGGUAGGCAUGGACUUUGAGGAACUCCAUUACUGAAACAGAAACAUUUUAUCUUUCUGAUUUGGCUGUAUAUCCACUGUGCUUUACUGUACUGUUUCAAUGAGUGCGUAACAAGCGAUGGGUGGGAGAGGGGUAUGUGCUAUAACUGCACUUGAAAGACAUGGAUAAGGGAUAUUAAAGUUUUAAGCAGGGGUUCUGGCGAAAAUCGUAACAGUCGCUGAAGUGACAUCUUAGUCCUUCUGAGGACACUCAAACUAAAGCAAACACAUUUAUUGUAAAUCCUUCCCAGUCGCACAGCGAUGGCAACAGACUAAGAGGGACGUGCAGGGUGCAGGUAGGCGGUAUGGUUUGUAGCAACAUGGUAUGAUUUUUAGCAACACUUUCUGCAUGCCAUAUUGGGCCACUGUACAGGGUGUUUCACAUUGUGUAGCCCAAUGCUGCUGUGUAGAGCUCAGUAAAGAAAAGUCUUAUUUAAUAGCCAGUAAUGUUUAUGAUGUGUAUAAUGGGAGUAAUUAGCUAGGAGGGAGACCACCAUAUAAAUUGUACUGGACUGAAUUAAAAUAUCUAUGUAACUUGAUAAGGCACCCAGUAGGUUGAUGGGGUGUUAUAAAAUAUAGGUUAGGCAAACUCUUUUUUUUUUUUUUUUUUUAAUUAAGUGGGUUUUUGAUUUAAAUCAGCUGUGUGAAAACACUUUCAAUUAAAAAAAAAAAGAACAAUGGGGCAAAUCCGUUGUACCUUCUAUGAAGUAGGUUCUUCUUCUUACAACCCCAGUUAUAAUAAUCAGCAGUAGAUUGUGGGAAGGUAAUACAUUGCAUUAAAUAAGUCCUGUUAAAAUAAUAUGCGGGUGCGUGUCUACUGACUGAUAACAUGAUCACUGUAAGAGGCCAGGCCUUGUUUCCAGCAUCACUGAUGACCAUGCAUAGUUCUAAAGACCACACUGUUAAAAAAGUGGUCCAGAAGAAAGGAUAUAAGUAUAAGAGAUCAGUAGCAGAAGGUGUGCUAUAAAAGACAAGCACCUGUAUAUAAAUGCUCUUGAGGAAAGAGUCAAGGAGGUAUGGUUUUCCCAUGAUGGACAAGGAAGGUAAGAGUCAGAAGAAGAAAGCUUCAUUAAGAAUAUGAUGCAUGCUUCCUUGAGUAUCUGCUAACACAUUUUCAUGCACAUCUUUUAUUAUAACAGCUUGAAAGAAGUAUUUUGAGAGUAUUACCUUACCAUGGUGCAACAGACAGACAAAAAUGUAUUUCUAGAAAGAGAAAAUGUUUUAAAGUCAUUCAGAAAGACUCUCUCUUUGGUGGAUCUGUUUUUUUUUUUUUUUUUUUUUUUACAAAAGCAAGCAAUGUAACUGAAGUGCUAACCAUGUACCUGUUCUACUCCAUAUGCUGAGGUCACUCUGUUGUGUCAUAGUACAAAUUAAAUAACAAAGAGUUUUA